CUCCAUCCAUCCCUGCACGGAAAUGUCUUGCUACGACCUGUGCCCCACCACCACCACCGGCGGCAUCGCCUGCCCCCAGCCCAUCGCCAACAGCUGCAACGAGCCCUGCGUGCGGCAGUGCCCCGACUCCACCGCCGUGAUCCAGCCGCCCCCGGUCGUCGUCACCUUCCCCGGCCCCAUCCUCAGCUCCUUCCCCCAGCAGGCCGUGGUGGGCUCCGCCGGAGUCCCUGCCGUUGGCAGCUCCGCGGGGCUGGGAAGCCUCUACGGCUCCGGCGCCUCCCUGGGAGGCUACGGCGCCCAGCUCGGCUACGGCAGCUCCGCGCUCGGCAGCGGCUUCUGCAGCCCCUGCGCCCCUCGGCGCCUCGGCCGCAUCCUCCGCGGCAGCUGCGGCCCCUGCUAAAGGCU